AUGGAUACCGUAUUUAGUGCUGUUGGCGACAUCAUCUCCACUCUACCUGAAGGCUACCUUCCCAAAUGGCUAUUGUUCACUUCGGCUCUCGGCAUUUUCAACUCGAUGCAGAACUUCGCCACUGACAAGCUCACUAAACGUCUCUAUGCCAACAAGCCAUCAGAAGUGACUCCAUUGAGUGCGCGUUUCUUUGCCACUUGGACAUGGUCAGUGAGCAUGGUGCGUAUCUAUGCUGCGUUCCACUUGCAGCACAAGUUCAUGUAUGAAUUGGGUAUCUGGACCUACGUGAUUGCAUUGACACAUUAUCUUGGUGAACUGGUUGUCUUUGGUGGAUGCAAGAUCAAUGGCCCCUUCAUGUCUCCACUUUGUGUAGCAGUGUCCUCAUUGGUGUGGAUGUGGCAGCAAUACGGCUUUUAUGUCAAAUACGAUUAG